UCAAAGCAAACCCAGUGCCAUGUGACGAAACGACGUUAUGCAGAAGGUGCCAAAUAGCCAAAAGAUGCAACAUUUCACAUUUAUGCAACAAAGUUUCGAACAACCAUCACCAAAACUUACAACCAACCCAUUUUGCUUCUUCUCUCAGUUCCUCCCUCCAUUACAAUCUUGGAUUUUGGUCUUCAAUGGCAGAAGACAUGCAGUUUGACCAAUCAAUUCAAUCACCAAACACUGUAAUGCCUUCAACACCUCUCCAACUGUCUGGUUUUCUCAGUGGAGACACCAUUGAAGUCAAAGGGGACACUGGGAAUUUGAAAUUCUCAGUACAAUUCAGUGUGCAGAAAAAACAUACACCUGAUCAUCAGAACCACAGCCUCCUCAACUCUCUGGAUGCAAAUGCAUGUUACCCAGAAAACCAUUUCUCUGAGAAUUCAAGUUUUUCUUCAUAUAUGACCCCAAAUGCUGUUCAAGAAGUGGAAGAUCACCAAAGUGCUUCUUGUACACAACCUUCAAAGGGUAAUGAAAUAAUUGAGUCUACUGAGACAAGAAAUAUUGUGACAAGACUGAGGAGUGGGGUGAUGUCUCCUGUCAACUAUUUUCCUCCAAUAUCAUCAGGCAGGAGUUUAAUGAGGCCUUGUUGUGGUGGGAGUGAGAAAUCAAGGAAGAAAAACAGAGGAAAGCUUGAUGUGUUUGAGAGAGUGCUUAGAAGGCAUAGUUCCCCUAUAAAGCCAUGCACUUCUUAUUCUUUCUUUGUGAUGGCAACUUGGGGUGUUGUUAAGUCCUCUUCAUUUGGUGAAACAAGUAAGCAACUUGGUCGAAUGUGGUGCCAACUCCCUCAAACCGAGAAAAGGUUGUACGAGGAGAUGGCUAUGAAGGACAAUGCAAGGUACAAGAUGCAAUGCAUGCAGUUGAUGGGAAAGCCACUCAGAGUACUGCAAAAAGGUAGAAGAAGUGGAUAGCAAGACAUGGCUUCCAG